AUGGACGGCUUUGGUUCGCAGACUUCUACACUUACCAAGUAUACUCUGUUGCUGAGGACGGGAGCGAUCGACGCGUUGAACUCGAGAGUGCUGACGUCGAGCGCUGAAGUGAAAAACGGCCGAGUGCUUCGUCGCGAGCUAGACGGUCGUGUAGUUACACACGCCGACGCUAGUUCCUACAUUGGCGGUUACCUGAACGACAUGGUUGUCGAUGCCAAGGGCCGUGCCUACAUCGGAAACUUCGGCUUCGACCUGAUGGGAGGCAAGCCCAUCGAGACAGCAUCGCUGAUCCGUGUCGACCCGGAUGGCACUGUCUCCGUUGUUGCCGAGGAUCUUUGGUUCCCGAACGGUAUCGUCAUCACUAGUACCGGGAUCUUGCUUGUCAACGAGACAUUCGGCAACCGGAUCACGGCCUUUGACAUUUCGGAUGACGGGUCGCUCACCAACCGAAGAGCAUGGGCAUCCUUUGGCGAACUUCCGGACCGGGAUAUCCAGAAGGCCGUGGGGGAGCUCUCUGUCAUGCCGGACGGUUGCUCGUUGGAUGCUGAAGGUGCCCUUUGGGUCGCGGAUGCCGGGGGGCAACGUCUAGUAAGGGUUAAAGAAGGCGGUGAGAUUGUUGACCAGAUCGACCCUGGUUCGGGCGUGUUUGCGUGUGCGUUGGGGGGACAAGACGGCCGAACGCUCUUCGCCUGCAUUGCCCCCGACUUUCAUGAAGAGGCCCGAAAGAGUUGUCGCGAGGGCAGCGUCGUGGCGACGCGGGUGAGUGUGCCUCAUGCAGGUCGACCCUGA